UCCAUGAGUGAGAUUGGGCUUGGCCCUCUGUGCUGUUGACUCGGUCCCGAUGCCCUUGGCCCUGCUGUUGAAGUCAACCAUGGACAACCCGGUCCCUGACAUGGAGUCAGGUGAUCCUGUGAGAAGCCAUGCUUGGAUUUUAAUAGCCAUGUUUCAACUUGCCAUGGAUUUUGCUUUCUGUGCGUCGCUGGGGCAAGGCCCUUGGCACCAGUUGUUACAAAGACCUCCUCACCGCUAUGGAUUCCCUCAUCACCCUUUGCGGAGUCUUAGGUUCGCGCCGCACGCGAGGAGACUUGGGAUUACGGGGAGCCACGCGUUCCACUCCUUGGGACGUUCGAAGGACCGCAUGCCAAACCUGCAUCAUUCCAAAAGGCUUCACAAAGCCGCGGACCUUCUCUGGAAAAGCAGGCGGCCCGAGCGCUUUGCGCCGGCGAGAUCCGGCCCUUCUUUAAUCCUGGAGAGUACAGAUUCCCAGACGUCGCUGAGGAGGCGGAAACGGUACCUGCGGGCCAUCGGCAAGCCCACGCUGGAGACGGAGGUGAUCGUGUGGGGCUCGACGAGUCCUCUCGACGCCCUGGAGACCAGUACCCUCCCGGGGAUUUACGAGGGCUCCACCGCCUCGGUUUUACAAAGCACGACCACCACUGCCACCACCGUCACCACCACCGUCACCACCACCGCAGCCGCUUCCACGACCGUACAGCCGAAAGGGCCGGGCCCUGGGAUUGGCGCGCCUCGAAACAACCCGGGUGGGGUUAGCACAAUGGUUCCUCCAGCCACCUCUGACGGGAGCAGGAAAGAGGUGGACGCCCCUCCACCUAAGAUCCCAGGAGACAGUUCAGGUCAGGUGAUCCUGUGA